ACCUUAUAAAUCAGAUCAAACCCCAUACUCCCCUUCCCUUCCCUUCUCUCUCACUAAACAAAGCUUCUCUUGGUUGUUGAAGUGAAAUUGGUCCGGUUGAUUGAGCAUAUAUAUACACAUACAUUCAAGGAGAGAAAAGAAGAGGUUAAAAGAUGGAAGAUGUAUUGGGAAACUCAUCGUUUUUAGCGAAUAGUUUCCCAUUACAAAUGAUUUACGAUACGAGUAGCGAAGGAGACAAGUUCCCAUUAGGGUUCACGGAGCUAUUGGGCACUCAAGACUUUACCAGUCCUCCUUUAUUUGAUAUCGGACAGCAGGUUCCGUCUCUUGUAACCGACCCUCCGAUGAAGAUCGAGUCACCGGAAACUUUUCAUCUGCCUGCGACGCCUAACUCUUCGUCGAUUUCAUCGGCAUCGAGUGAAGCCGUCAACGAUGAACCUGUUAAAGUUGACGACCAUGAAGAAGACCAGCAAACAACCAAGAAACAGUUGAAACCCAAGAAGACAAACCAAAAGAGACAGAGAGAGCCAAGAUUCGCGUUCAUGACAAAGAGCGAGGUUGAUCAUUUAGAAGAUGGAUACAGAUGGAGAAAGUACGGCCAAAAAGCUUUAAAAAACAGCCCUUUUCCUAGGAGUUAUUAUCGUUGCACCGGUACCUCAUGUAAUGUGAAAAAGAGGGUGGAGAGAUCUUUCACUGAUCCAAGCAUCGUGGUAACCACCUACGAAGGGCAACACACUCACCCCAGCCCACUCAUGCCUCGUCCGAGCCUCAGCGGUUCUCGUCUCAACUCAGACAUCGCCAUCGAAGCUGCCACCGGAGCAGCUUUUAGUAUUCCAAUGCAAAAGGCUCAACCUCACUACUACUACCAUCACCAGCAGCAGCAGCAACAUCCAUUUGGCAGCACCUUGUAUCCUUUAGGCCAUAAUGGCUUCUCUACUAGCGCUGGUUUUCUUCACGAAAGGCGCCUUUGCACCUCAGGGCAGUCCUUGCUUAAGGACCACGGCCUUCUUCAAGACAUUGUACCAUCCCAUAUGCUGAAAGAAGAGUAGAUUUAGAGGUGUAGAUGAAAUGAUUUAGUUCAUGUUCACUGGUAAUGUAAUUUUUUCUUGCUGACAGUGGCAGGUGGUGAUUUUUCUUGUAGCAAAAGAACACGCCGCCCCUUCUAAAUAGAAAAUCUUGAUGAAUAUUACUGUAACUUGUUGUUUUUUUUA